CUCUCGGUGGAUGCGCAACGCGGCAGCAUUAUUUCAAGCAGAGUUUGCGCAGGACUUGGAGGUGUAUUAGCGACCGUUUCGUUUGUUGUUGUUGCUCGCAGCAGCAGCAGCAGCGAUAAGAGUGUGCGGUGCUGCUGCUAGCAGAGAGGCUCGACACUCGAUCUGCUGCGUACGAUCGAAGCGUGCGGUCCCGCGGCGUGCUUAUCUCGCCUGGCAACUGACCGGAGUGGGCUGACGACGACGUACGAUCCAUCGUUGCACGCUCGGAGCACCGGGCGCACCGGAACGAUGCUGUCCCGGUUGGUGCUGUUGUCCCGCCGUGGCUACCACUCGUCGAAAGGUGUGUUUGGCUACCGGCCCAGGGCACCAUCCAGCUACCAAGGGGUUAGUGUAGAGGUGCUGGAGCAGCGCAAUCGAAACAGCAAUGCGUACCGCUGGAUAGAGGCAUACCGUAACCAUGGGCACCGGUUGGCGUCGAUCAAUCCGGUCCCAUUCGGUGACACGGUGACGGCCCGGGCCACCAAUCAGCCCCGGGAGCUCGAUCCGGCUCGCUACGGUCUGGCGAGUGACGACCGCAUCGAUCCAACCGGGUUGCUCUCACAGCCGGCAGCAGUCAGCGCCGUCAGUGAGCUGGAGGAGGUGCUGCGCACCCUCUACUGUGGCACGUGUAGCAUCGAGCUGGCCCACAUCGAGUCGGAGGAAGAGCGCGAGUGGCUGAUCGAGCGGUACGAACGGUUGCUGACCGAGCAGCCGCUCACUGAUGGGGAUCGGCGCGAGAUAGCAGAGCUGAUGCUGAAAUCGCAGGCGUUCGAUAACUUCCUGGCCAUCAAGUUCCCGACGGUCAAGCGGUACGGUGGGGAGGGUGCGGAGAGUAUGCUCGCGUUCUACCGGGAACUGUUCCGGUGCGCGGUCGAGGUGGCCGAGCUGCGCAACAUCGUGAUCGGAAUGCCGCACCGGGGCAAACUGAACGUCCUGACCAUCCUGUUCGGUACGCGGCCGGCCAAAAUCUUCCGCAAGCUGAAGGGCCAUCCGGAGUUCCCUCCGGACGCGAAAGCUAUGUGCGAUAUUGCCAGCCACUUCCAUACGUCGACGGAUAUCAACUGGAAGGGGCGCAGCUUUCACCUCAACAUGCUCCACAAUCCGUCCCACCUGGAGGCCGUGAAUCCGGUAUCGAUGGGGAAGACGCGAGCGAAGCAGCUGGCCCUGCGCGAUGGACCGUACGCGAGCAGCGGCGGUGGUGAGGGCGGCGGAUCUCGUGGCCGCUCGCAGGCCCUGAACGUGCAGGUGCACGGUGAUGCUGCGUUUCCGGGCCAGGGCAUCAACCAGGAGUGUCUGAUGAUGGCCGAGGUGCCACACUUCGAGAUCGAGGGAACCAUCCACAUGGUGGUGAACAAUCAGGUUGGCUUCACGACACCGGCCGACCGGGGCCGCAGCACGUGCUACGUGUCCGAUCUCGCCAAAGCCAUCAUGGCACCGAUCGUGCACGUGAACGCCGACGAUCCGGAGGCCCUGACGUACGUGACACAGCUGGCGGUCGAGUAUCGGCAGCGCUUCGGGAAGGACUUCUUCAUCGAUCUGAACUGCUUCCGGCGCUGGGGCCACAACGAGCUCGACGAUCCGACGGUAACGAAUCCGCUGCUGUACGGGGCCAUCCACGCGCGACCAUCGAUCCCGGACGCGUACGCGCAGCGGCUGAUCGAGCGCGGUAUCCUCGACCGGCCCGACGUGGAGGCGAUGUCGAAGAGCCACCAGAACGUGCUGACGGCUGAGCUGCAGGCGUACGAGCAAUACGAACCGGAGCGCACCUACUUCCAGCAGCAGUGGAGCGGGCUGGAGCAGCCCGGUAACGAGGUGACGACCUGGAACACCGGACUCGACUAUCGGCUGCUCGAGCACAUUGGGCGGGCGAGUGUCUCCUAUCCGGCUGAUUUUAGCAUUCAUCCGCAUGUGAAGAAGACGCAUGUCGACGGUCGGCUGAAGCGGUUGACCGAAGGGCAGCGUAUCGACUGGGCGACGGCGGAAGCGCUCGCGCUCGGUAGCCUCAUGUACCAGGGCUACACUGUGCGGCUGAGCGGAGAAGACAUCGGGCGCGGUACGUUCGCCCAGCGUCACGCCAUGCUCGUCGAUCAGCGCACGAACGAGAUCUACAUUCCGCUGAACGAUCUGACCGGCGGUGGACCGGCAGCCGGACGGCUCGAGCUGGCCAAUAGCAUCCUGUCGGAGGAGGCGGUGCUCGGUUUUGAGUACGGUAUGGCCAUCGAUAAUCCGUCCACGCUAGUCCUGUGGGAGGCCCAGUUCGGUGACUUCUUUAACGGCGCCCAGAUCAUCAUCGACACCUUCCUCGUUAGCGGUGAAACCAAAUGGAUGGUGUGCAAUGGGUUGGUGAUGCUGCUGCCGCACGGCUACGAUGGUGCUGCGUCGGAGCACAGCUCCUGCCGGCUCGAGCGCUUCCUGCAGAUGACCGACUCGGGUGAGGCGCGGCCGGACGGGGACGACGUCAACCUGCAGAUCGUGAACCCGAGCACACCGGCCCAGUACUACCACGUGCUGCGGCGCCAGAUGAUACGCAACUUCCGCAAACCGCUCGCCGUCGUCGCACCGAAGACGCUGCUCCGGCUAUCCGACUGCGUCUCUACGCACGUUGACUUUGCCCCCGGCACCUACUUCCGGCCGGUGCUACCGGACGAGGCGGUGCAGGAUCCGAAGCGGAUCCGGCGGGUGGUCCUUUGUAGCGGCAAGCACUACUACACGCUCAGCCAGGAGCGAAAGGCACGCCAGCUCACCGAUGUGGCGCUGGUGCGACUCGAGUCGCUCUGUCCCUUCCCGGUGCAGGCACUGCAGGACGAGCUGGCCCGCUACACCAAUGCGCGCGAGUUCGUGUGGAGCCAGGAGGAGCACCGCAACAUGGGCGCCUGGACAUUCGUGCAGCCGCGCUUUGAAAACAUGUGCGAACGGCGGAUUCAGUAUCGCGGACGUCCCGAAGCGGCUACGGUAGCCGUCGGUGUUGGUCCCUGGCAUGCCAAGCAGGCGGAGGAGAUAGUCAACACCACCUUCCAAUAAAUCGGGAGGGGGCCGCAGCACCACUUCAAACCAUUUUA